CGAAGGAAAACAAAACCAUCUAUUCUCUCUUUGAAAAUAAACAGUAAUGUGCUACAUAUCCAUAUAUUACUGGGGCAUUUUAUUGUUGGGAUUGAAAUAAACCUUCCAAAUGUGACUUUAUGAACUUUAUUCGUAUUGUUUUUAUUAUUUUAUGAAAACACAAGUGUAGAUUUGUGAUUAUCGUGUUUUACUGUGCUGCGGGUGAUAACAGCGAGCAGCCCUGUCAGAUACUGCGAGCUGUCAUUCAGUCUGUGUGGUAGUUUGUGAAGGAGCGGGCCUGAUGCUCCGGUGCUCUCCGCCACACUGCGGCUGGCUGGCGCUCUGACAAUGACUUGCAUGCUGAUUAUUGUGGAGAUCGACAAAGGAGACAAGGAAACGAGGAGAUGAACCGUUUCCUGAGAGCUGGGGAGAAUGGAGGGCUGCUGACAGACUGCAAGGAGCUGUCACCCAACCACACCGCCGCCUUCUCCUCCUCUUCCUCCUCCUCUGUCUCCAUCACCUCCUCCUCCUCCUCCUCUUCCUUCAGUGCCGCUGGCUCAGCCGACAGACACGCGGCCCUGCCCUCGCUCCAGACCCGGACACCUGGCGGCGGCGGGUCGGAGCCGAGGAGAUCCGCGCUUAAGCGUAAAGGAGUCGGCCGGGAGGGACGGGAGGAACCGGAGGCGGCUUCGGCGGAUCACUCAUCAGCGGCUGCUGUCGUGGUGCGAGGCGGCGGAGAAGCGUGCUUCGGGAUCGGCAAGCAGCAACAGCAGCAACAGCGUCGGGAGGCUCAAGGACGCAGCGUCGCUGGAGAAGGUCUGGAGAUGAUUUCAGCGGUCAGCAGAGAGGCGGACGGUGGCGGCGGGAACGGAGUCUCCGAAGUGACCGCUCCUUCUGCGUCAUGCGCCAAAGGCAAGGAGGAGAGGAAGGGGAAGAACAUGAUCCGGGGCUGGAAGAGGGAGCGAGACAGGGAAAGGGACGCCGCUGCUCCUCCUGCCCGAACGAGGAAGGAGAAGCCCGGUGGUGAUGGCUCGUCUCCUCCUCCUCCUCCUCCUCCUCCCUCCGUCUUCCUCCCGUCGUCCGCCCUGCCCGCUCCCGAGCAUCAUCUGUGCCGCGACGGCUCCGGACACUGCCUGUGCGCCGCUCCGGACUCCAGGCUCCCGGGAGAUAUCAGCAACGUAAACAAUAACAACAAUAGUAACGGUGCCGCCGCCGUCAGCACCGGGAAAACCGCGCUGGAGUGUGGAGUUAAAACCGGCGCUAUUGUUGUGAGACGGCAGCAGGACGACACGCCGGCCGCCAAGAAGCACAGAGGAGCCGAGAAGGUGGACCCCAUGUUCACAGUCCCAGCUCCCCCAGCUCCAGGCCACCCCGGGGCCCCUGGAUGCUCGCUGCCCUCGGCCCCCUCGUUUUCCCCCCCGGCCCUGCCCACCUCAAACCCUAAGCAGCUGGCGGUGAGGACGAGGUCCAUCGGCACCAACACCCAGGAUGGAGCUGCGUCAGGGGCGCUGGAGGGUGAUUCGGCCUGCUUGGGGCCCUGCCAACCUGGGACUAGUGUCAACCUGGAGGGUAUCGUUUGGCAUGAGACAGAGGAAGGUGUGCUGGUGGUGAAUGUGACGUGGAGGAAGAGAACCUACGUGGGAACUCUGUUAGACUGCACCAAACACGACUGGGCUCCUCCAAGGUUUUGUGAAUCACCCUCCAGUGACCCUGAGUUACCAGGUGGCCGUGGCCGGGGAAAGCGUAUGCGAAUUGCCAUGGCCGAUCGACCCUGUGUAGAGCCGACCCCUGCUGCCAAAGUCCGUGGUCUGUCUCAGCACAGGAGCCGCGGAGGUGGUGUGGCCGGAACAGCUGCACCUAUCCACAGCAAAGGAAGAAGAGGCAGUCUUAACCUCAUCAACAGCAACUGCCGAGCACCUCCUUCUUUCUUCACUGUGGAGGAAGUGAAACCAGCCUCUCUCUCAUCUGGGAAGCGAAAGAACAAGCCACCAUCUGACUUGGAUCUCAGCCUGGUCUCCUCAGAUGACGUUAAAAAUGGCAAUGGGAAGAGGAUUCGUGCAAAAUCCCGAAGCGCCCCGUCCACACCACAGGGUAAAUCUGACCCAUCGUUUAUGGAUCCAGGAGGAGGCUGUGCUUCAUCACCACCACCACCCAUCCUCAUUGACUGCCCCCACCCAAACUGCACUAAGCGCUAUAAGCACAUCAAUGGCCUGCGCUACCACCAGACGCAUGCACACCUGGAGGUUGAGGAGCAGCGGAAGCCUGAACUGGAACCCAUGAAGGAUGGGGAGAGCGAAGAACGGCUAUCAGACUGCGAGGACAGCAUCAGCAACAUGACAUAUGACCUCUCAGAGACAAACAACAGCACUAAUACCAACAGCUCCUCAAAGAAAAAUGCUCCUCUGUAUAAGGUGACCACAGUGGGGUCACCUAAAAACAGACGACUUCUUCUCAGUACCGACCACAGCCCCACAGCCAACUCCAAAACCAGAAGAACCUCACUGCUAAAAGAUGGUCUAAUUGAUGACCUUAGCAAUCUGCCAAUCAUAUCUAACAUGACUGUGGUUCUGGAGAACUGCAUGGUCCCAGACAGGAACUCCUCAGUCGAGAUGCCCAAACUGGAAGCUGAAGGUUUGAUCGAGAAAAAGGGAAGUGCCUGUGAUAAGGGCAAGAAGGCCAACGGGAAGGUAGAGAAGAUGUCCAAGUCAAGGACCAACCGGCCAAUUGCUCCAGCCCCUGCUCCCCCUAAACUUAUCGCCAUACCCAACACAACAUAUCCAUCCAGCACAGCAGAUGCUGUUAACUCACAGCAGCCAUCUCCUAUGGCAGCUGUAGGCCUCACUAGUAAAAAUCUUCCUUUGAAACCCAUCAAGCCAAAGUUAAGCAUUGUUGUAGAGCCAAGCCUGGUCAAAGCUACGCUGGUCACCUGCAAGGAGACCAGGAAAAAAGAAAAGCGGAGACUUAAAGACAAACAUAACAAAGAUGCAGUGAGAACACCUAAUGGAGACAGCAGUGGAAUAAAAAUGGAUGAUGGUGUUGGGUCUAAAAUUGGGGUGAAAGAGAAUUCUGGAAGCCUUCUAAAGGAACACCUCAGCAAGCAGGAUGUAAUGAAUGGACUCAGUGAGAGCCAAGAGAGCAGGAUGGCCAGUAUUCGUGCUGAGGCCGACAAGGUCUACACCUUUACUGACAAUGCCCCCAGUCCCUCUAUUGGUAGCUCAUCACGCCUUGAUGCAAGUGGUAGUUGCCUGGGUACAGCAGACAGCAGCAGCAAGAAUAACAGUCCCGCCUACUCUGACAUCUCAGAUGCUGCAGAUGAUGGGGGAUCUUCCGAAUGUCGGUCAGAUGGAAUCAGAUCCAAGUCUGGCUCCUCAACUUCUUCCGAGGUGAGCUCCAACAGCAACCAUAGUAACUCUGGUAAAACUCCACCCACAGCAUGCACCCCGUCAUCAAAAGACCCUCAGUCCCCGUACUACCAUAGUUAUGAGCCCUACUACCUGUCAGGAUACAUGCAGUCAGAUAGGCAGAACAGCAGCAACAUGACUUUCCACAAAAGCUCAGCCCACGACUGCAAGGGGAAAGACAGAAAAGAAGAAAUGAAAGAGGAUGAUAAAAACUCCUCCCACGAGUUCUCUGAUUCCAAGAAAGGUGACGGACCACCUCAGUCUCAGCUACAGCUGGCUAUGAGUCAGACCCAGACAGCUUUGGCCCAGUCCCUAUAUUAUGGCCAGUAUUCAAGGGGACUGUACAUGGACCAAAAACUGUUAUUAUCUUCCAAAUGCUGUGACCAGACAUCCAGUGCCAAGCAGAGGGCACAGACUGUGAGAGACAGUGAGGAAGUUAAACAUGUGGUUGGGUGUUCAGCUGGUGGACCCAUGCUAGGUAAAGGUCCAGACGGUGCUAAAGGUUGCUGUCCCAAACCUGUCCUGUCCUAUGUAGAGAUGAGUGAGAGGGGAGAAAGGGGACAGAGCCUGGGCAUAAAGUCAGUGCACAGUGGCAUGGUGGACCAGCACCAGGUCUCAAUGAAAGACUGUGAUGACAUCAAGUCACCCUCCUCUUCCUCUUCUUCAUCACUCCACAACCCAAACAGUCAGACAGAUCUGGACUCAAAUGUUUCCUUUUCCAGUCCCUCAGACGGCCCCACCUGGGCUCACCGCCUCGCUCACAGCAAAUACUCAGAGCUACAGAGUCAGCAUGGGGAGGAGGCUGAGGAGGGCGAAUCAGACAGUGGAAAAGAAUGGGGAGCUACCAUGGAGCCUGCCGGAGCCAAGAUGACUUCAGGAGGAGGAGGUGGAGGAGAAAGAGGAGGAGUUGUGGGUGCAGAUGCUAAAAAAGCCAGGGUCCAUGCACCGCACGAUCUCCCGCCUGCCAUCGACACGGAGGAUUCAGACAGGCUGGAAGGGCUGGAUGAUCAGGGCCAGGAGCCAAUGGGAGGGCUGUCUGAGGAGUCACAAAGUGCCCGGGCGGCAGUUUCUCCUCCAAUGACCCCUCAGCAGCCCUACAUUCAGUACCAGCACUCCUCCUAUCAACCCUACCUGGCAAUGUGCGAGAGCAGUGGGGGCUCCUACAGAGGGGUAUCCCCAACCCUGGUCCACAAUUACCCAGGUUUUCAUUAUCCUCUGUACGGUAAGACAGCAGGCAGGGAAGAAUCGGAGGUGACACCACCCGGCAGAGGAGGAGCGGUGAGCAGCAAGCAGAGCAGCGACUCAUCCUCAUCCUCAGCCAUGGAGCUGCUGCAGCAGCAGAGCCAUCAGUAUCACGGAAAAUCACCUGCUCCUGGUGAGAAGGGAUCCCCUGAGGGAGAGAGAGAGACGGAGAGAGAGAGGAACCAUGUGUCAUUCGCCCGACACCUCCACACACACCAUCACACACACCUGGGUAUGAGCUACAAUCUGAUGUCAGGACAGUACGACAUCUACCAAGGGUUGAGCUCCAGGUCGCUGGUCUCCAGUCAGCAGGUGUCAGGGCACUCCUCAACUGACAGCGAAGGGAAGAAGUAGGACCAUGUGACCACGUCUCACAUGAGGAAUGGCAGAUUUAUCAGACAUCAAUUCCAUGGUGUUGAAUAAGCUUCGCCUCGCUGAGAGGCAGAGAACAAAAAAGAAAAAAAAAAUCAAGAAAAAAAAACUUCUUUCAUUUCUUACUAAUAAAAGAAGAACCACUUUUAUAACUCAUCACAGAGGAACUGAUGAGCUGACAGCAGGACGGGAAGCAGGACCAGGACCUGUUUGAGGACGAACUACCUGUAUAAAUCCAGAAUCACUGACUUUUAGAGCUUUUGGUUUUACAGAGUUUUGACAGAAGCAGGUGGCAUGUAUGAAACAAAACAUCCCAGAGCGCCGUGCACUCAGCCCAACCAGGGCUGUGGUACUUAACUUUAGAAAUGCACAGUUAUUGUCGUGUAUUAUGAUGAUGAUAUGACUGAAUGUAUUGAUGAUGACUUACACUUUACCACAUUAGUGUGGAUCUGUUUGUUUUUUUUAAAUGGGACAAAAACAGCAUUAGGAAGCUAAAAAGUCUAUUAUUAUCCUUAUUAUUCUCAUUAUGAUUAUUGAAGUGGAAGUCCUCCUCCCUCCAUAGUGCUGACGCUACAUUUGUAUUACUAACCUGUAACUUGAGCGUAACCAUGUUGAUUGUAUUGUCUUUAUGUGAGAGUAAACCUUCACAUUGACCUGCCCAGUGCCAUGUAGGAACCCAGUGGUGUAUAUAUUCUGUACAGAUUCAUGGCAGAGCACUAACAUGCUUUAUCGUACACUAUGUUGAUCUCCAUCAGCCGUGUAUGGGAGCAGAGGGCAGAGCGGGGACGACCGGCAGGAACAGAGCCACUGUUUAUCUCGCUGACUUCAGUUUAUCUGCAGCACAUGCGGUGAUGUCAUUGGUUAGACUGCAUACGUGAUGAAUACAAUCAGUUCGCCCCAGUUUGUGCUUCUUAUGAGUGGCAGUGUGCCUGAGGGAUGUUAGCGUCUGUGAAAUAUCUUCACACCUACUGGAUGCACUUUCAUUAUUUGCGUACAGAUAGUUUUUCAGGUGUGCUAUAUUUAGGCCACUGUUGAGUGAAGUAUAAGUAACAGAUGAUUUCUUUUGAACGCAUUGCAAAUCUACAUCACAUUCAUCUGAGCUUUGUACAUCAGAGAAGGACAUGGCCACUGUGACUUCCUUUACUUUUGAAGCUUCACCUUUACCAUUUUGGUCCCCACCAUGUUAGUCUGUUUGGAGUUCAUAUUUGGCCUCGGGAGUGGGGUGCUAAGUUAUCAGCUAGCUAGUUACAUCCAUAGACUCUAACAGUGCAAUGCACAGACACAGAUAUCUGCUAAUUAGUGCUAUAUAAGAGAAAUUUACAUAGCACUAAUUACUAACUAUAACUUAAGCACAAUUUAAUUUUAUUUGCACGAGCAUGUCCUGCGCAGCAGGUCAUACAAUGUAGAAUGUAUAUAGAGUUUUGUUAAAAAUGUUUCAAAUGGCACCAACGGCACAAACACAGUUGAGAGAUCCAGUUUAGAGACUCCGAUUAGGAGAAGAGGUGCAGGCUAGCAGACAGUGAUCAGGUACAGCUACCUGGGUUGGCACACCUGCCAGCCUUAACAAAAUCCAAAGCUGAGCAGAAAAAUUGAUUCAUCCCUUAUAGAGUUCUUAUGAAAGAGCAGAAUUAACUAAUUUUAUAGCUAAAUUUUUUGCAGGAGCAUUGAUUCAUUUUGGAGCUAGCCUCCAGCAGCUAUUAGAAAGACUGCAAUUCAACAGCAGCAUCGCAUGCAUGUUUUUGCAUGCACGAGCAAGCCAGACUGAUAAAACCAGCGAAAACAACAGUGUUUAGCAGCGGCUAUGAGUAAUAUAGAGAUCGUGUUUUCAAAAGCUGAAUUGUUUUUUGAGGCAUGCUCAGGGUCCAUCUAACUGAAGUUCUGGAGCUCGCAGUCAUGUCAAAUACAGAUUACUCUAAAAGUCUAUAAAUAGACUAAAAAAAUGCAAAUUAGAACAGUUAUAGUUUGAUCUACUGUGAAAGAUCACAUGAUAUGUGACAUGAUACGUCUAAUCUGAUGAGCUCAAGUUAAACAGCUUGGAAAGAGCAAACGUCAAGGCUUAAUGUCAAAGUGAUUUUGAAGUCAGAUGUACAGACUGGGGCUUAUAAAUUCUGUUGUUAAAAUACCUCUCUGUGAAGGAUAAGUCCAGUGAACGUUUUCCUUUCUAAUGGAAAUUAUUUACAAUAACCUCGAGGCUGUCUGAAACAUGGUAUUUUCACUCAGGUAAAAUAGUGAGUUGAUGGCAAAAAACCAAAAACAAUAACUGGCACCGAUUUGUUUAUCAAAUGGAACGACUAGAUGCAGACUGUGAACUUGGGGUUGACUUCUGUUUUCUUGUUAUUCUUUUGUUUUUUCACAUUGUGCAUUAAAUCAUUGACUUGCAUGAGAUUCUGCUCAGUUUCGAUUACAACAUUUUGCCAUCUAAACAGUUUUUAGAUGCAUACAACAGAAUAUUUUAAGAUUCUUGGGCUCUAGGAAAAAAAUAGUUGAUUUGAUUACAAUAUUUAUUUUCAAUGACACUUACAGUGAUAGAAAAGUUGCCAGAAAUAUCUAAUGAGAUCAAAUCUGCACUCAAAUAAUGAAAAGUGGAUGCACACUGGAAUGAUCCUUUUGUUGAAAUGCCCACAUUUGUAUUGUCAGUGAUGACUGUGGGGACAUACUGUAUAUGUGGAGUGCCACAAUCCUUCGCCCUGCUCGUGCUCUUGCUCCCAUGCUUUCUACAAGUUAACUAGCUCACAGCAGAGUCCCUGAUAGACACAAAGGUCUGACUUUACCAUUGGUGUUGUACCACUGCCAGCUUAAAUAAGGUUCAGUAGAUGCAUGUAUGUUUACAGAUGAUCCAAAAUUUGUUCAAAACUCACUGGAGAACUACUGUCAGAGUGAUAAUGUUUAUAUCUGGCAUAUGUGCUUAAAAAGACCAACAGUAGACCUCUAAUAGGCUGUUUCCGCAAAUAUAGUUUCAGGUUGUCAGUCAAGCAAAUAAUCCAAGGCUUAUUUCACCAGCCCUCUGAUCCAAAAGCCUCUGGAUGGUCAGCUAUUAUCAAUAGCCACCAUGUCAAGAGGAUUAUGGCUGAGAGUGAGGGCCAGUUAAUGGUUUCGAUAUCAGCUACAGACUCAGAACAGUUCCAAGUAUGACCAGUAUGAUCUCCAAAAAUUUGGAAGCACUGACUAAUGACUAUUGGUUUAGGCUAAAGACAUGAGUAGCUCAAUAUCACAGUGCUGCAGUAUGUGUAUUUGUGUGUAUUAAUUAGACAAUAGCCUUUAUAUGAAAGGUGAAUCAAAUAGAUCAAAUAUCACAGAAAAUUGGAGAUCACAAAGUAGUGACAGCCAUUAGAUUAAAUGGCCCCCUUAUAUAAUUAACAGAAUAAUCAUGUUUUAACAAAUGAGCACUCAACAAACGAUUGUGACUAUAACCUCGCCAGGAAAGUGUGCACUGGGGUUAUAACCCUACUGAACAGUAGGGGGCUUCCUUUUUGUAUAAUUGUAUUUAUUAUAAAUAACCUCUUGUGGCCCCUUGACUGACGACAUCAUCCCAGUGGUCUACCUUGUCUAUGAGUAGCUCUGCCUCACUCACAACACCUUACCUGCAUAGUAUCAGUGAUCAUUCUAUUACUUGAAUAUAGUGCUAUGAACUCUGUUUACAAGAUGCUGUCAACUUUUGGGAGACACAGUGUUGUCUUUAAAAGGCUGCUUGGUAUGUUCAAUUCAUCCACCUGGUAUAUCCAGUUAUUCACACACUGAAAACGUACAAAAACAUGAAACCUGCUGUUGCUUUUUUAUACUGUAUAUGCCUUAAUUCAUAUGUUUGGCAAUCAUGAUU